AUGGACGCUUCAUGUUAGGGGAGAAGGUUGACUGACUGCUGACUGUGUGUUUGUUUGUUUUUUUGUCUAACCGUGCACCUGAAAUGGGUGCCGUUAUUUGUAUUCAUUAAAAUAUUCCUAUAUAUAUUAUAAUAAAAUCCCCUUAACGGUUGGACGGACUCCAAAAUGGAGGCGGGUGAAGGUGCGAGCAGCGCCACGCCCACAGAUGAGAUGAAUGGAGCUGGCAACUUGAUGGACUUCCUGGAGGAACCUUUUCCUGAUGUUGCCACGUAUGAAGACUUUCAUACCAUCGACUGGCUAAGAGAGAAGUCACGAGACACCGACCGCCACCGCAAGAUCACCAGUAAGAGUAAAGAGUCGAUAUGGGAGCUGAUCAAGAGCCUGCUCGAUGCCUGGUCUGGAUGGGUUGUGAUGCUGCUCAUUGGACUCCUCUCAGGUACGCUGGCUGGAGUCAUCGACCUGGCAGUGGAUUGGAUGACGGAUCUAAAGGAGGGUGUGUGUCUGUCCGCUUUCUGGUACAGCCACGAACAGUGCUGCUGGACGUCUAACGAGACAACCUUUGACGACCGUGACAAGUGUCCACAGUGGCAGAAGUGGGCAGAACUGAUGACAGGCCAUUCUGAGGGUGCUGGAGCAUAUGUGCUAAACUACUUCCUGUACAUCUUGUGGGCUCUUUUCUUCUCCUUCCUGGCUGUGUCACUCGUGCGAGUGUUUGCUCCGUACGCUUGCGGCUCAGGAAUCCCAGAGAUCAAGACCAUUCUCAGUGGCUUCAUCAUCCGUGGUUAUUUGGGAAAAUGGACGCUGCUCAUCAAGACUGUCACACUGGUGCUGGCAGUGUCAUCGGGCCUCAGCCUGGGGAAAGAGGGUCCUCUGGUCCAUGUUGCAUGCUGCUGUGGAAACCUCUUCUGCAGCCUCUUCUCCAAGUACAGCAAGAACGAGGGAAAGCGACGAGAGGUGUUGUCGGCUGCAGCGGCUGCUGGUGUGUCUGUGGCAUUUGGCGCACCCAUCGGAGGGGUUCUUUUCAGUCUGGAGGAGGUCAGCUACUACUUCCCUCUCAAGACUUUAUGGCGUUCGUUCUUUGCCGCACUGGUCGCUGCUUUCACGCUGCGCUCCAUCAACCCAUUUGGCAACAGCCGCCUGGUGCUGUUCUACGUGGAGUACCACACGCCAUGGUACAUGGCUGAGCUGGUGCCCUUCAUCCUGCUAGGCGUCUUUGGUGGCCUUUGGGGGACCCUCUUCAUCCGCGCCAAUAUCGCCUGGUGUCGGCGGAGGAAGACAACCCAGCUGGGGAAAUACCCGGUUCUGGAAGUCAUCGCAGUGACAGGCAUCACCGCUGUGCUAGCAUAUCCCAACCCGUACACACGGCGCAGUACCAGUGAGCUCAUCUCUGAACUCUUCAACGACUGUGGAGCGCUCGAGUCGUCUCAGCUGUGCGACUACAUCAACAACCCCAAUAUGAGCCGACCUGUCGACGACAUCCCGGACCGCCCGGCUGGCCCCGGUGUUUACAAUGCUCUGUGGCAGCUGGCGCUCGCUCUUGUCUUCAAGAUUGUCAUCACCAUCUUCACUUUUGGCAUGAAGAUCCCGUCAGGGCUCUUUAUUCCCAGCAUGGCCGUGGGUGCCAUCGCAGGGCGCAUCGUAGGCAUCGCGGUGGAACAGAUGGCAUACCACCAUCAUGACUGGAUCAUCUUCAAAAACUGGUGCCGGCCUGGCGCCGACUGUGUCACACCUGGACUCUACGCCAUGGUGGGUGCCGCGGCCUGUCUGGGUGGCGUGACCAGGAUGACUGUCUCUUUGGUGGUCAUCAUGUUCGAGCUCACCGGUGGUCUCGAGUAUAUCGUUCCGCUGAUGGCAGCCGCUGUCACCAGCAAGUGGGUGGCUGAUGCCUUUGGGAAGGAAGGCAUCUAUGAGUCGCACAUCCAGCUCAACGGGUAUCCAUACCUGGAUGUCAGGGAUGAAUUCACCCACCGCACCUUGGCUGCUGAUGUCAUGCGACCUCGCAGGAACGACCCACCGCUGGCCGUCCUCACGCAGGAUGCCACCACUGUGGAGGACGUGGAGACGCUGAUCAAAGACACAGAUUAUAAUGGCUUCCCAGUUGUUGUCUCUCGAGAGUCUGAGCGGCUCAUCGGCUUUGUGCAGCGCAGAGACCUCACGCUCGCAAUCAAAAACGCCCGUCAGAAACAAGAUGGUGUGGUGAGCAGCUCGGUAGUCUACUUCACAGAGGACGCACCGCAGUUGCCAGCCAGCACCCCACAGCCGCUGAAGCUGCGUCGCAUACUGAACCUGAGCCCGUUUACCGUCACUGACCACACACCCAUGGAGACUGUGGUGGACAUAUUCCGCAAGCUGGGUCUCCGCCAGUGUCUAGUCACACGCAGCGGGCGUCUGCUCGGCAUCAUCACCAAGAAGGACGUUUUGCGUCACAUGGCGCAAAUGAUGAACCAGGAUCCAGAGUCCAUUAUGUUCAAUUAGCUCCGUGACAUGCUGCACCCUGUAAAAUUGUGAGAAUGCCCUCCCACCUCUGAACAGGCGAGUCUCACCUUUGGCACGUAGCGCUGUCAUGUCACUCACGGUCCACCUGUUGCUAAAUGGUCCACGUCUGGAGUCUUUUCUCAAAACAUCUUUUUAUUUUUGGGACAGCAGGUUUGCACAGUGCUCGUAUGUACAAACGUGUGAAUGUUUGUGUUUGAAUUUGAGGAUGAAUUUUUUUUUUUUUUUUAAGGGUUAAAUGACUAAAAAGUUUAAUGUAGUGAUUUAACGGAUUCUUUUAAUACUGUAAUACAGGGGUGUCCAAAACUUGUCCACCAGAGGCCACAUAGAUAAGAAAUUGAUGGAUGCGGGGGCCACUGAAUAUUUUGUACAUAAAAGAUGCAAAAACCAAUCCAUUGUGGGUCAAUAUAUACUAAACUAUCCAAACAAAACAUCAUUAUCUUACUUUUGUGUUAUAGGUGACAAAGCAAAUUCAUGUAAUAUCUAAUGAUAUAUUUCAUUAAUAAUUUAUUUUAUUCUCAAAAUGCAGUCGCCCUUGCCACUUUGCGCUUCGAAUUUCGUGGCUUCACUCUACAUGUUUUUUCAAAAUAUAUGAAUUAAUAAAUCAUACUGUUUCAUGGUUGACUACAGCCUAUUAUUAGACAUAUUUAAUUUGGGCCUAUAUUAAGCAUUUUCAAGCAUAAAAAUGUCUAAAUUAACUAAAAUACAAAUAAAAGACAUUCAGAAGACUCAUUCAAAGACGUGAUAAUGAAGUAUUCUACACUGGUCCCUAGGUGUCAGUGAUGUUACAUUGAUGAGACAAUAGUCGCCACAGGAAGUACUGUACAGAAAUAGGAAGUAAAAAAAUAAAUAAACAGGGAGCUCUAUAUACGCUAACAAGUCGAGUCUAUAUUGUGUCUCAUUUUCUUUUAUGUCUACUAUAUUGGAUAAUACAAGUGUAAAGGUGACUAUAGGGAUGUUUUUUCAUGACUAGAGGGCUCUAUUAAUGUUAAAAAUUGUAUUUAGAAGGUCAUAUAGAGGUUUUAUAUGCUCACUAUGAAAAUAUUUGCUUUAUAAAUAUUUUUAUAUAUUUAAUAGAAUCCGGAAAUACAGUAUCAUGGUCGGGUGUGGAACCGAUUAACCACGAUAAAUGAGGGAUGACUGUAUGCCGAGAGCCAGUUAAAAAAAGGGGGCGCGGGUGUGGGCUAAAAGCGGUUCCUGGGCCACACUUUGGACACCCCUGUUGUAAUGUAUCUAAUCACUGUGGCAACUCUACACAACUCAAUACAGUAAUGAUGGGAAGGACACUUGCACACUUCCUACUUUCCUAAUCUACAUACUGUACUCCCAUAAGUAAACAGUCAGUCAGUUUGUGUGUGCCAUACGAUGCCAUGCCCUGUGUUGUCUUUUUGUUGUGGUGAAGAAUAACUAAUACAUCAGAUGCUCACGUCCAUCACACUGGACUGAAAAUGUGAAUGGGGGAGCGACUGUAAGUGUUGCGCUGAAUCUAUCUUGAAAUGCCAACAGAAUGUAUUGAAAUGUGUAUUUAUGUGAUUUAAUUUAUUUUUUUCAUUCAUAUUUUCAACAAUGAGAUAUUUGCACUUUGGUUGGGACAUGUAAAUGCAGUGAUGGAAAAUAAAGUAUUUGUCUUACCAUCAAAAAUCACCUAAAAUAGUAGUGUAACAUAUGUUAAACACUUGUUUAUUUCAAUAUUACCUACAUUCACACGAUUGUUAGAACAGAACUUUUAUCAUCUGACUAUGUCGGCCUCAUCAGGGUUUGGUGGUCACCUCCUCGUGCUGGGUAGCCCUCUGCAGGUCUGAGUAGUAUUCCAGGGCUCUCUGCACUGGCUCCAGAAUAUGUUGCUGCGGGGCGAAACACACAAGAGGGCUUUAAAUGGUUGCAGGUUGUAGAAGAAUCACGUCGUAGAUGUUUUACCUCUAGACAAGGGAAGAGCUUGGUGAGCUCGGUGAAUAGUGGUAGCAGGACAAA